AUGAGCAACUCUCAGACCACUGGCAUGCGUGGUCUUACGCACUAUAUCUCGGAGCUUCGUGCGACGGGCGCUCGCGAUGCAGAGGAAAAAUGUGUCAAUAAAGAAAUGGCCCACAUCCGCCUCAAGUUUCGGUCAACACCCAAGCUGGACGGCUACCAGCGCAAGAAAUACGUGGCAAAGAUUAUAUUCACCUAUCUGCAAGGAUACAAGGUGGAUGUGGGCUUCCCGGAAGCGCUCGCGCUGAUGGCCAGCCACAAGUAUUCGGAAAAACAGAUUGGCUAUCUUGCGCUCACGCUCUAUGUGCACCAGCACGCAGACUUUUCAAAACAGGCCAUUCCCAUGAUCCGGCGCGAUCUGGCCGACAUGAACGAGGUGAAUACGUGCCUCGCCCUCCAUGCGGUGGCCAACAUUGCAAGCCUGGAGAUGGCCGAAGCGCUCGCAGAAGAAGUGCUGAAGCUUUUGGUGUCACCGACCUCGCCAUCGACUGUACAGAAGAAGGCGGCCUUGACUCUAGUCCAGAUCUAUCGCAAAUACCCCGAGGGCGUCGACAUUGCAGAAUGGAGCGCCCACAUCACACGCAUGAUCCGGCACAGGCACUUGGGCGUCUCGCAGAGCGUCACAAGUUUGCUCCGCGUCCUGGUCAAGGACAGACCGGCGCCCUAUCGCAGCUGCUACUUGCCAGCGGUCGAGCAGCUGUACGACAUCGUGGUCAAGGAAGACUACAAAGAGAUCUACUUGUACCACGACAUUCCUGUGCCUUGGCUGCAGGUGAAUCUGCUCCGCCUGCUGCAGCUCUAUCCCCCACCCACGGAAAAGGGGAUGCUCGCGACUUUGCACGGCGUUUUGGACCUGAUUAUGCGCGCGCGGACUACCACGUCCCAGGUUGACGUGCAGCAGAGCAAUGCGUACAAUGCCAUUCUCUUUGAGGCAAUCCGCCUCGCGCUGCAUCUUGACACUGGCUCGGUAGUUGUCGCGCGCUCGGCCGUGCUCCUUGGCCGCUUUCUGACGUCGCGCGAGACCAAUGUGCGCUACUUGGGCCUAGUGGCCAUGUCGCAGUUCGCGCGCAGCCUCACGUCGCUCGCACCGAUCCAAAUGCACCAGAAUACCAUCUUUGCAGCGCUGCACGACCGCGACAUUAGUGUGCGCCGCCGCGCGCUCGAGCUCGUGUACUACAUGUGCGACGAGACGAAUGCCCACGAGAUUGUGGCGCAUCUGCUCGAGUAUCUGCCGCGUGCGGAGCCCUCGCUGCGCGAAAGCCUCGUGAUGAAGAUCUCGAUCCUGUCAGAGCGCUUUGCCGACGACUAUACCUGGUACGUCGACACGGUCUUGUCGCUGGUGAACCUCGCGGGCGACCACGUCAGCGAUGCAGUGUGGCACCGUGUCGUGCAGGUUGUCACAAACAACCCAAAGGUGCAGCGUUACGCUGUCGCGACGCUAUUCCGCUACUUGGAGCAGCCGACGUGCCACGAGACGCUGAUCAAGAUCGGCGGCUACCUCCUCGGCGAGUUUGGCGACCUGAUUGCCGAUCGCCCCGGCUCGCAGCCGAUCGACCAGCUGCAGAUGCUGCAGGACCGCUCGCACCUGUGCACGAUCUCGACACGCGUCCUGCUUCUCACGACCUAUUUCAAGUGGCUCAACCUGUACCCCUCGAUCCGCGACCCGCUGCUGUCCAUCCUGCGCAUGUUCCAACAGUGCAUUGAUAUCGAGGUGCAACAACGGGCGUGUGAGUACGUGGCGCUCGCCGAGGUUGCCACGCCCGAGAUGCUCGGGCUCGUGUGUGAGGAAAUGCCGCCCUAUGUGCUCCCCGAUACGCCGCUCGGAAAGCUCAUGCCGCGCAAGCGCGUGCAGCCCAUUGCGAUCUCGACCGGCAAAGGCGCUGCACGCUCGUCCAGCAUCCGGCAGCCCCACGUCGAGCCCCUCGUGUCGCCUACCACGCCGCGGUCCGAUACAGUCACGGCCAAUACCCAGCUGCCAGCGACCGAGGUCGACUUGUUGGAUAUGCGCGACUUUGAGUUCGGCAGCCCGGUGGCACAGCAAGGGGUCCCGACGGUGCAUGCCGAAGACUGGAGCUCGUUUGCGCUCCCCGACGAUUCCGACCUUCCCGAUGCGAAACGCGAAAAAGAGAGCCUGCUGGGCCUCGAUGCUGUGUCGCCGCUCCCCACCUCGUUUUCGCUGCAGACGGUGCACGAUAAACGUACCUCGUCGGACACGGAGCGUGCAAUGAGCUCGCCGUCGCUCCCCUCGCGCCGCGGGUCCGAGCAGCCAAUGUCGCUGAACUCGGACCACACCGAAAUGCUCUCGCAGAGCUCCGACAGCGCGGUGCGCCCGAUGAUGCACCAGCUCAAUUUGGGCGGGCCGCUGCAUGCUGCACCCGAGGAGCCGCGCGAGAUUGACGUGCUCGUUCUGCCACGCACGAUGCUCAGCCCCAAAGGCGUGUUGUAUCGCGACAGCGACGUGGUGGUCUCCUUUACACGUGCGCCGGUCCUUGCGCUGCAUUUCAAGAAUGUGAGCCCGGUCGGCGGCGUGCUGCAUGCGGUGCACAUUGUCCCCGCCGACGGCGCGGAUGCCGAGCACAUCCAUGCCGAGCUGGACACGUCGCCCGCGCCGCUCCCCAGCGGAGGGCACGUCGAGCGCACGGUCCAUGUGGCCUGUGCGUCGUGCUUCGUCGCGUGUCCGAGCGUGCGUGUGACGCUGAUGAUGCGCGAGAGUCGCGCGCUGGUCUUCCCACUGCCCGUGACGCUCGCGCACUUUGUGCACCCUGUGGCGCUCGCCGCGGCCGACUUUUUCCAGCGAUGGAAGGCGGUGCAAGUCGAGCACGGCCUCGAGGCGCAGCGCGUGUUUGGCAUUGCGCUCACCCCCCACGGCGAGCUGCCGCAUGCUGCGGCCGUGUCGGUGGUGCGCGAUGCAGGCCUGGCCGUGCUUGAUGGCGUCGAUCCCAAGCCAGAAAACAUUGUCGGUGCCGGGGUGUGGAAGAGCACCGGGGACGGCCCGGUGGGCUGCCUGCUGCGCUACGAGCCCAACCGCGAUGUGCGCCUGGCGCGCCUCACGAUCCGUACGACCAAUGCGCGCGUCUCGCAGUCGCUGCUUGCGCUCUUGGCUGACGUGCUUGGUGGAUAG